UGUCAUCUGCUUGUGAUAACAUGACAGAUGAGGAGUGCGAUUAAACGUUUUGCUGAAAUGACACAAGUAGAUGAGGGGUUGGCACAUUUUUUGUUGCAGGAAAGUGAUUUUGACAUUAAUCGUGCUUUAACUGAAUUUUUUAAUAAUAGCAAUCAAACUUUGCCGACUUCAAGUAAUAGUAAAGAAGUUGAUGUUGAAGUGGUAACUGGGGUUAAUGGACCACAAAUGAAUAACAAACGGUUUUUAAUUUUUAUUCAAAAAUAUUUUUUAAAUUUUAGGGCAUAUAAAGACGAGGAAGUUUUUCCAUCAGAAUUAACACUUAUUUCUUGGAAUGUUGAUGGACUCGAUGAUCGUCAGAGAGAAAAGCGCUUUACCGCUGCUCUUUAUAUUAUUGCGAAAACAAAUCCAGAAGUAAUUUUCUUGCAAGAAAUGGUUGAACCUUUAAUGCCUCAACUUAAUGGAUUGAUGUCUCCAAUGUACAACACUUUUAUUCAAAAACCAAAUUGUGGAUAUUUUUGUAUAACUUUGGUUAGCAAGAAUAUUAAAAUAAUAAAAGACGAAUUUAUUCCUUUUGAUAAUACAACAAUGGGUAGAGGAAUGUUAAUUGUUGAGGGCAUUUGGCAAAAUUUAAAGAUAAAUCUUUUAAAUUCACAUUUGGAGUCUACGGCUGAUUAUUCAAAUGCUAGAAGUUCUCAAUUUGCUAAAUGUCUUGAACAAAUUGAGUUAAUGACAAAAUCUGAUGAAACACUUGCAAUUUUUGGUGGAGACUUGAAUAUUCGCGAUAAAGAGGUUAAUUUGGUUAAUUUAACCUUUAAAUUUUAUUUAAAGGUUGGAAAUUUGCCAGAAUCAAUUAAAGAUGCCUGGAUAGAGGCAGGUUCACAACCUCAAUAUCGUUAUACAUGGGAUCUUAAAAGGAAUGAUAAUUAUGCGGGAAGAUUUGGAAAAGGACAGCCUCGUGCUCGUUUUGAUCGGAUUCUUUUUAAAGGUCCUCCACAGACAAAAGUUGAUUUUAAAUUGGAAGGAAUUAAUCGAAUUAAAGGUCCAAAUUGUUUUGUGAGCGAUCAUUUUGCGCUGAUUUGCCGUUUCUUAAUUAAAAACCCAGAGAAUGUUGCUCUUUCAGAUGAUUUAAUAAUCUCGAAAAAAUCUAAACAAUCAGAUGAGGCUGAUGAAAAAUAA